AAACUAUGAACAAAAUCAUUAUCCACACAUUCCUUUCUUUUUCCUUCACAAAAACAGGCAGAUAAACAAAAACCGAAAGACAGACAAAGCAACAAUGGCAACGUUGGUUACUUUGGGAAGUAGUUCUGUUCUUCGAUUCCACAAACCGGAGCCUCUAAAGACAAGGCCAUCUUCACAACUUCUGGGUUUUGUUACUUCUCAACUCAGCGGCCUCAAAAUCUCCUUCAACAUUCCUGACGUGGCACCUGUAAAACCCAUAUCCUCAACUUUCGCUCCUACUCUCCAGCCUGUUGCUCGCAGAGUAUGCCCUUUCACCGGAAAGAAGGCAAACAGAGCUAACAAAGUUUCCUUCUCAAACCACAAGACGAAAAAAUUGCAGUUUGUCAACCUCCAAUACAAGAAGGUGUGGUGGGAAGCUGGUAAGCGCUAUUUAAAAUUGCGUUUGUCAACAAAGGCAUUGAAGACCAUAGAGAAGAAUGGACUGGAUGCUGUUGCUAAGAAGGCUGGGAUAGAUCUUCGCAAGGAAUGAUAAGGAACCUGAUUUUUAGAUUCCAGUUGUAGUUGGAAAAUUAUUUUCAAGAAAACAAAGUCGUCGGUAAAGCUUUUGCUAAUUUCUGUUCUUUUCCCCUUAUUUUGAUUCCGUCUUCUUAUUCAAUUCUUAUUAGCCUGAUAUCUUGAAUACUGUUGUUGAAAUGAGAAUAUCAUGAUUCCCCGUAUUGCUGUAUUUGUGAUAAAAAAACAGAAGUCAGUUGAAUUGGUGAA